ACUCAGAAAGAAGUCCCCCCUCACCUUGAAGAUCGAUUAAAAAGUCAGGCCUUUAUAUCACACGAAGAGCGUGCUUAAGUAUUUGGUUAAAAGGUCACGGUCUCCACUUAUCGUUAACAAGCAUUACAGUUCAUCAUUUGCGAGGCAAAGUGUUGUCUGCGAUUAUAAAUGUCACGUUUCUGACUUCCCUGAAGACAAUGCACGCUCAACAUGUACAUUUAAUUGACCUCUGACGCGUGAAUGUUCCUUUGGAAAAGAAAAACAUUUUUAAUUCUUUGUCGCGCAAGAAGCAGAGUUUCAAAUUUAAUUCAGCAAGCUAACAAACUGUUAUUACCGUUCGUUUCAGGCGACUCGUUGCAAUGUACACCUCUGGACCGAGCGUAUAAGAGCAAAGUUUUGGGACAUUAUCCUGACUCGGUACCAUGGAACCCCUUCGACGAGCACGCUGUCUGCAUGCUCUGCCUGCCGAGCGGCCUGAAAUUCCGUACCCAGAAACACUCGGUGGAGCCGACGUUCCACUCGUUCGUACUGACGAAGGAGGACGGGCACAGAACUUACGGGUUCAGCCUUGUUUUCUACGAGGAGUGCCGGAAUCGCAAGAUAUGCGCGGCUAUGCAAACUCUGCAGGCGAUGCACAUCACGGAACUGAGCAGCGGCCAAAACGGUACACCACCAACAGCGAGAAAAGGCCAGGAUGGACAUAACACGCGAUCGUUGCCACGGCAUUUCAAGCUAUCAGCACACUCACCAGGUGCUGCGUUAGGCUACUACGACUCAACCAAAGACAAGUUGCUAGUGACUAAAUCAAUAUCCUUGCUAUGCCAGCAGCCUUACCUCUAUGCCGCGAAAACGUUCCUCAUUAAUCUCUACAAAUGUGUUCCUAGACAUCCAGGACCUGGCCUCAGCUUAGAGUCGUACGUAUACAAUUUGCUGUACAACGUGCCGGUACCAUUGCCUGGAAAGUCGUUGAAGUUCUUCAUACCGAACGACGAGCCAGCGAAAUCGCCGCUGGAGCUGGUUAUCCAUCAGCCAAUGCCAUCGCAGGAGCUACCGAUGCUUGAUUACCCAUUGAAGGACAUGUUCACGUGGCUCGGCGCUGACUGUGUGAUCCAAUUGUUCACGUGUGUCCUACUGGAGAAUCAAGUGUUGCUCCGAAGUUCGGAUUUCCACAAAUUGAUGGUGGUGUCCGAGUGCAUAACGGCGCUCUUGUACCCCUUUUCCUGGCAACAUGUCUACGUGCCGAUAUUGCCUGCCAGUCUACAUCACUUCUUGGACGCGCCGGUGCCGUUUAUAAUGGGCUUGCACGCGCACAGCGAGGGCGGUGUACUGAAAAUUGCUAGCGAAGCAAAUCUUUGUUAUGUAGAUAUAGAUAAGCAAAGUAGCCAAUUUCCGGAAGAGUUACCUGUGUUUCCGCAUAAAAUGCAAUUCAUUGCCGAGAUUAGAGCUCUCUUGAACAAGUACAAAGUACCACAUACGGGCAAGACUGAUAACAUGGUCAUAAAUCAUUAUAACGGCGACAUCAUGACUAGCAGCUUGACGCUUCCCGGUUCUGGGUUUCAUCUGCCUCGCAGAAAACAUUCGUUGCACGAUGUGCUGGACUGGGAUCGACCGGAACCAUCUCCGCCAUCGGACACGUUGCAAAGGAUAGUUGAUAUCGCCAAAAGGACCGGAGCGAGUACUCUCGCCUCAGGAGGAAUAUCAAGAGACGCUUAUGUUUAAUAAUGCGAUUAGGGAGAUUUUUUUGAACCGUUUUGUACAGAUCUUUUCUAGUUACGAGCACUUCGUUAUUCAACCAAGUCAGGACAAAGACGAGUGGUUGAAUAAUAGAGAUAGUAUGCAUGUUUUUGAUAAGGCUACGUUUUUAUCCGAUCAACCUACGCAGCAUUUGCCGUUUUUAUCGAGGUUUCUAGAGACACAAAUGUUCGCGUCCCUGGUCGACAGUAAAGUUAUGUCAACGUGGAGCGAGCUUGAUUUCAAUAUACGAGUGUUUGAUCAAAGAAUUUCCCUCUUAAGAAAAAAGGUUGGGGAAGGUAUUAUAAGAUCGACACGUUAUGAACCUUGUACAAGUAUUGACGAAUCGCAAAAAAUAUUGGAACAGAGAUUGACAAAUGUAGAUUUUGAAACGAAUCCACCUACAGAAAUUGUUCCUCAUAGAGCAGCAUAUUUUCGAAGUUUCCCUUUGUUAGACAGCGUUGCAUUGAACAAGGAGCCGGCUCAAAGUAGUCGAAGAGGUCAGACUCAAUGGAAGUAUAAGAUGAAAUCCAUGGAAUCAAAUGGGAAGACUUCGGCACCUCAAGAAACCCAGUCGCCUCGGCCCCAAACUAAGCUCUCUGCAGACAUGAGUCCAGCAUUAAUAGCACAAGCAAACUGGACAUUCGUUGAAAAAUUGCUCAAGGAUUGUAAAUCAAAAACGAAAAGAAUGUUGGUUGAAAAAAUGGGUUCUGAAGCAGUUGCAUUAGGUCACGGAGGCGAAUCGUUGUCCGACGUCGAAGAGAAUACGCUUGUCGCGAGUCUCUGUGAUCUCUUGGAACGAGUUUGGAGUCACGGAUUGCAAAACAAGCAAGGGAAAAGCGCUCUUUGGUCACACCUUACCAUGUAUCAAGCAGUAGAGGAGUGUAAUGACCCAGAUAAAUCAAUACAUUCUAAUUUUCUUUCUCCUGAUUAGAAACAUUAUUGAGUUGCGACAUCAUUUAGAGCAUAGAACCAUGCUUCCUUUUCACUUAAUUUUUAUUUGCGUUUCAUUUUUCUUUGUUGUGAAUAGCCAAGAAAUCACCAAAAGUGUGAAAAAUGUAUAUGUAUUUUGUAUACUCAAAACUGUCGUGUAAUUGGAUUUGUGUGUUUGUUAACAAUAACAGAUAUACCAAAUUUGGCACUGGAGAUCGAUUCGCCUACACGAGGAACCGACAAGCAUAAGUCUCCUGGCGACAGAAAAAUCGGUCCCGAAUACUUGAGGCCUUUACCUGAUUCAUUGCUUUUCGACAUCCGGAACGUGCAGGCGAUGACUGAUAUUAAAACGCACAUUGGAUACGCCAGAGCCUGGGUUCGAUUAGCGCUGGAAAAGAAACUUCUUUCUCGUCAUCUGAAAACUUUAUUGUCGGACACCGGAUUGUUGAAAAGCCAGUAUAAGCGUUCAGCAUUUUUACGUUGCGAAGAAGAGAAGGAGCAAUUCUUGUACCAUCUUUUAACGUUGAAUGCCGUCGAUUACUUCUGCUUCACAAACAAUUACCCGACCACAAAGUUGCCGUACAGGGUCGUUAUAUUUCCUAGUCGAAAAGCUAGCGCAGCUACUACUUCAGCAAAUAGCUGGAUCGCUAUCUCUGGUACUCUGUGUGAAACAAAUCCAGUCCCAAUUCCCAAGGGAGCGUUGGAAUUUGUGUUCCAUCAUAAGAAUUUGGGGGUGCUUUCAACGUUACGCAUAGGACAUGACAAUACAGGCCUUUCGCCUAAAUGGAUGGUAGAGCACGUUGUAGUGAGAAACGAGGUUACGGGGCACACAUUUAAAUUCCCUUGUGGCAGAUGGCUUGGCAGAGGCAUCGAUGACGGAUCUACGGAGAGAUUAUUAGUAGGUGCCUUGGUACCACAUAGUAUCGAUAGCGAAGAACUGGUUGAAUCAUGCUCGACACCACCAAGAUGCAGAUCUCCUAGCAUACCUAGGCGUCCUAUAUUGUCUCAAGUUGAAUUGCAACAUAUGUUGGGUGAAUCUGUAAAUGCAAUUGUCAAAUUCCACUAUAGAAGAGAGUGUCAAGACGGUUCCUUGACUGCUCUACUUUGUGGAGAAGGUGGUCUUGUGCCAUCGUUAGAGCAAAUAUUUUUAUUCGUGCGAGUAAAAGAAAACUUUGAAAUCUCUUUGUUGGAAGAAAUGGACGAAUAUUCACAGAGAUUGAAUAGAGAUAGACGAAUUCACGCAGAGAAUAAUCGAAGAUUUGCAACUUUACGAUGCUAUUGUCAUCUUAUUGAUCAAAUUAACAUGUUCAGUCAGACUCUUGGUAAAGAUGGAAAAUUUCAGUUAUUCAUUUGCUUAGCGCUAAGAGAACAACUUCUUCAUUCGAUGCUUCGGCCAAUGAGCGAGGCACGCUCUACUGCGGACAUGUACGAAGAAACGUCUUUCUUAAGAAAUUUUACAUUAUUAAAUUUCCUCGUUCAUAUUCUGGAACCGUUAAGCGAAUUUCACAUCGUUCUUGAAAAGAGCUUGACUCAUGGAAUUUCCAGAUACAUUUCUUUAAAGCGGCACAAUUUACCAAAUUCUAAAUGAUACAAGAUGAAAAGAGAUAAAUGUUAUUGAUAUUGAAGAAAUGUGAAACUUUCUAAGACCCUAUUAUUAAGGAUUUAAGAGAAAUUUAAUAAUGCAAAUGAAGACUGUUAUGCUGAUGUAAAAUAGUCAUUUUUAGAUGACAAAUUGUUUGACAGAUAGUUGAUACAUGAGUGAUAAUGAAAACAAAGAUCUUGCCCUGUUCCGGAAAUUAAUAACAAUAAGAGUUCAGUGCAAAGAUAAAUGAUCUAAUUUCGCCCGUCUUGCCGUAGGUCAUUGAAAUGCUAGUUAAGUUUGUUGAAACUAACGUAUCGUGUACCAAAGAUGUGAUCCUAUUAGUUAUUACUAUUAGUAUUAUUGAUAUUAUUAUUAUUAAGAAUUUACUUUUUUUACAAUAUUUGCCGUAAGCAGAAUAUCUAAAGAGCGUGAAAACAACGUAUAUAUUGCAAUAAGUUAGACGAGAUAAAUAUCAAUUUUAUACGUUUCAUUAUUUAUUAUUUUAAUCGAAGUAAUUAGUAAUAGGAAACUUAAUUCUGUCGAAAAAAAUUAGACUAGAAAAGGAUUCACGAUUUGUUAAUUUUAAAUUCAUUGCUGUCUCAUGAAUCACAUUAUGUUUAAAUCACUAUACGAAUCAUAAAAAUGAAAACAAUUUAUAAUUUUUCAAUACGUUGUUUAUACACACUUGUGAACAGACGCUUGCAUUAUUAUUUAAUACUCUAUUCUUUUAUCGAGUGAGAACGAAGAUUUUAUUUUUAAUAAUCACUUCUAUACGAAUCUUGAACUAUAGAAAGCAAAAAUUAUAAUGUUUCUUUCGGAUUAAAAUGAUUCACUACGUAAUUUUUAGUAUUAGCAACUUAUGUUUUUUUUUCUUGUGGAAUUUCAAGUUCAGCUAGUGUAAUAAUAUUAAUAUAUAAUUUGACUCAAAAUCAGAAGAACGUGAUAUACCAUGAGAAACAUUUACGCGCAUAUUUGAGAAAAAAAUGGACCAAGCGAUUUAAUUAUUUAUUACGAGUUUCAAAGCAUGGCAAUUGAUUUUUAACGUGUAAGAUACAUUGCUGCUGAUUGUUCUUCGAAGUUUUACAUAAUGUACUUGAUAAUCGAGAUAGACAGAUUAUUCUACCACUUUGAAGAGAUAGCUUUCAGAGUACAAUUUUAUCGCUAGCAUUUCAUAAAUAUUAAAUGACACAUCCCAUAGAUAAGAUCGUUCUUUCAUAUUACUAAUCGGUGUACUAUUGCUCAUCCCUCAUAAGACACGUGUGGAUAAUACUUUUACUAAAAGUAGUUUUUUUUUUUUUUUAUUAUU